GCUAGCUAGCUACCGGCGUCCGACCAUGUGCCAGAUCAAGCAGAAACGGAGCUCCUGCGAGUCGACGAGCUCCUCCGUCGCGUCGACCUCGACGCCGUCCCCGGCGGCGGCGGCCAAGCGCCCCGCGGGGCGGACCAAGUUCCGGGAGACGCGGCACCCGGUGUUCCGCGGCGUGCGCCGGCGCGGCCGCGCGGGGGGCCGGUGCCGCUGGGUGUGCGAGAUCCGCGUGCCGGGCCGCCGCGGCUGCAGGCUCUGGCUCGGCACCUUCGCCGCCGCGGAGGCGGCCGCGCGCGCGCACGACGCCGCCAUGCUCGCGCUCCGCGGGGCCUGCGGCGCCGCCGCCGCGCGCCGCCUCAACUUCGCCGACUCGACGUGGCUGCUCGACGUGCCGCCGCCCGCGCUCCGGGGCGCCGAGGGCAGCGCCCUCCGCCGCGCCGUGGCGCGGGCCGUGGAGGGGUUCCUCCGGACGCGGCCCGCCGCCGAGGACGCCAUGUCCGCCACCUCGGAGCCGCCGCACUCUGCCGAAGACGAUGACGACGCCGCGUCUACGGCCAAGAGCGACGACGGGACGGCCUCGCCGUUCGAGAUGGACGACGUGCUCAGCGACAUGGGCGCGGGCCUGUACUACGCGAGCAUGGCGCAGGGGCUGCUCAUGGACCCACCGGCGUCGGACGCGUCGUGCUGCGACGACGUGGACUGCGACGACGCUGCCGUGCCGCUCUGGGCCUACUGAAACAUGCGCUUGUACAUUACUAUGUGUUCUCGUUCUUUCCUUUUUGGGUUUC